UUUUUUGGCAGAUGCAGCAGUAUCCAAUGGACACCUUUGUGGGAUUUCAGAACAGACAGAUUGGCUACAUGAUCGAUGGAGUGUUUUAUCCAACCAUCCAUCCGCAGUAUGAAGGUCAUCAUCUUCUGCAGCGAAAGAAGUCGAAACCGCUUACAAUCAGAGACCCUAACGACUGCAAUCGAGACGUCAUGGCCGAGAUCUUCGGAGAAAGACUGCCGUCUUCACCGACACCACCAUCCGUUUGGCCUCAAUGCAGCAACGUUGUGGAAGCUCCGGUACCUCCAGACACCACGCCGCCAAAUGAGGUUGAGCCGAGCACAGGCCCUGCUUCAGAGACUUGUCAGCCAAGUCUAAGGCUCCUCAAGAGACAAGGCCUACUCCUCUUCUCCUUCCCUCCAGAGGAGGCUGUGCAGCAGAAAAGGUCAGAGACAGUAAACAGACGGAGGAGGAAAGAACAAAGCCAGACCGAGACUCGAUCCCAGACACACCCCAGGGAAGUGGUCACUUUCUGCAUUCCUCUGAUGGAGGAAGAGAAAAUGGAGGCGAAGAAAGCCAAAAUACUUUUUGGUGAUUUCUUGUCUGAACACCUGACACCUACACAGCAUACAGGGGGUGACAUUGUGGAGGCUCCUUCUCUCAUAAAGACCACGCCGCCAAACGAGGUUGAGCCGAGCACAGGCCCUGCUUCAGAGACUUGUCAGCCAAGGCUAAAGCUCCUCAAGAGACAAGGCCUACUCCUCUUCUCCUUCCCUCCAGAGGAGGCUGUGCAGCAGAAAAAGUCAGAGAAAGUCAAAAGACGGAGGAGAAAAGAACAAAGCCAGACCGAGACUCGAUCCCAGACACACCCCAGAGAAGUGGUCACUUUCUGCAUUCCUCUGACGGAGGAAGAGAAAAUGGAGGUGAAGAAAGCCAAAAUAGUUUUUGGUGAUUUCUUGUCUGAACACCUGACACCUACACAGCAUACAGGGGGUGACAUUGUGGAGGAUCCUGCUCUCCUAAAGACCACACCGCCAAAUGAGGUGGAGCCGAGCACAGGCCCUGCUUCAGACCUCUGCAAGAGACCCGUCCUGCCCCACUUUUCCUUCCCUCCAGAGGAGGUGGUGCAGCAUAAAUUCAACAGAUGGGGGAUAAAGGAGCAAAACCAGACUGGGGUGCACAAGACACAAUUGCAGACACGCCUCAGAGAACCGUUCAGCAUCUGUGUCCCUCUGACGGAGGAAGAGGAAAAGGGGGCGGAGAAAGCAGUUGGCGAUCGCUUGCUUUGUGAUGAAAAGAAAACAAAGCAGGAAAGCAGAGAUGAUCAUGUGCACCCCUCAGCUCCUGUAAAACCUGUCUGGACACCUCAGCGUUCUUAUCGUCAGCGGCCCAGGAAGCUUACGCUCGGAGACCUUUUUUCUUUCUCACUGGCUUGCACAUCGACUAAAAGGACCAUCAUCAAGGCAAAUACAUCGCCAGAAAACACACCCCCAAAGGAGGCGGGGCUAAACACAUCUCCUGCUUCAGAGACUCUACCGAGGAAAAGGUCCAAAAAACGAAUCCGUUUCUGCCACCUGCCAACCACUGAAGAGAAGCAGAAAGAAGAAAGGAACAAAGACGAACAAAGCCUCAAUCAGCGAUCUGCACGGUCGGAAUAGUCACACAAACACGAUUAGUUUCCGCUCCCUGCAGACGUAUAGAAUAAAAUAAAGUUUUGUGACAGUAACUCGGUGCUGGCAGUGUGAAAUACCUGCCUUUCACUCUGUCCACCUCAGACUUUUACUACUGUACAUCUAUGAAUCAUGCAAAAGGUUUCUGAGCACUCUGCCAUGGGGUGUAUUAGGGACGGCGGACAGGGCUCGGAGUACAACAAGGAAAUGAGCAGACUCUACUGUAUUUUAUGAGGAAGCUCAGAACUUUUAAUAUAUGCACCAAGAUGCUGGAGAUCUUCUGUCAGUCUGUGUAAGCGAGAGCCAUUUACUGUGUUGAGGUCUGCUGGGGGCAGCAUCAGUGCCAGGGAUGCCAGCAGGAUUAACGAGCUAAUUCACAAGGCUGGAUCGUUUGUUGGACACAAACUGGAGAUGUUUGAGUCAGUGAGGAACAGGAGGUCACUAAACAAACUGUUCUCCAUCAUGGCCAAUCCGUGUCAGCAGUGGACAACACAACGCCGAGUCAUUGCAACUCAUUCUCUAAAAGACUCAUUACAGGAGGUCAUUCUUAUUAUCAAUAACAUUGUAGAACAGCUCACCUGUGUGUGACAGGUGAUAACACGAUCAUGUGACACUACUACAACCAUAAACAUCAUCAGAUCCUUCAUAUUUGUUAUCUAUUGACAGUUUACACUUGUGUACUGUGAUGUAAAAUACUGAUGUAAAUAUGGUUAU